CCAAAUUAGAUGAAAUGAAAAUUUUGGCUCCCAAUUCAUUGUGCGAAAGUGCGAACCUAAAUCGAAAUUGAAAAUUUCAAUGUAUUUAAAAUGGCUUGGCUUCUCCUUCUGCCAAUUUUGAUCGAUUAAUCACUUCACUCUUGCUUGGCCUCUGAGAAAAACGAUACCUUAACCUCGUUUGUUUGGUUUGGUUGUCGUUAUAAGAGCAAGAACCGAAACAUUGGACUUGUUUCAUUCGCUUCCAUUCCCUAAUGCCAUAGAAGAGGAAUAAGGAGAAGAAAAUGGCGUCGUAUGGGGGAUUCGGAAAGGCUUCUGGACCCACCGCACCUCUCAAAUCCCAACCCUCUUUUGGUCUCACCAACCCUUCUCCUGUUCCUGCUCCUUCGCCGCAACCCACGCCUAGAUCAAUUGACUCUUCCAGUUGGAGUGAUGGGCAGAAACAUUAUAACGAUUUGGAUGCCCAUACUCCUGAAAGGCCCAUUUCAGUUGCAACAUUUAUUGCUUCACGUGAUUCCGUAACUGGUGUUACAGCCAGAGUUUCAAGAUUUCCAAACCCAGAGAGAACCAGAUCUACCAUAUCAUAUGCGGAUGUUGAUGCUUUGAGGAAUUCUGAUCAAACUGUCCUAAGAAAUAAGCCUUCUAUGUCUCCUCCUAGAUUGGGAAGUACAUCAAAUGUUCCAAGGACUGUCCCUCAUUCACAAAUUCACCAGAAAACUCUUCCGUCUAUUGUUUCUGAAGCCACUAUAAGCAAGCCCAUUGGCUCUAUUGCUCCUAAAAGAACAAGAUCACCUCCAUCAUUUGCAGCCAAUGAAACCCUUGAAGGAAGCUCAAUUUUCUCAGAAGACAACUCUGAACGUGAAAUGUUAGCCAAGGCAAAGCGUUUAGCUCGGUUUAAGGUAGAACUAAGCAAAUCAGAACCAAGUAAUGCUGAUAUUACCGAUCAGAAGGCUUUUGCAAAUAGACAUGAACAGUCCAAGUUGGAGCAGAAAUACGUGAGGGGGCAUUUAAUAGAUUCAGCAAGCAACUUUACCAGUGGCCAUGCUGUUUCUGAUAAUGAAGGCUUAGAAACGUCUAGUGUAAUCAUUGGCUUAUGUCCAGAUAUGUGUCCAGAGUCAGAAAGGGGAGAGCGUGAAAGAAAAGGAGAUCUUGACCAAUAUGAACGCGUUGAUGGGGAUAGAAAUGUAACUAGCAGUCUUCUUGCAGUUAAGAAGUAUACUAGGACAGCAGAGAGGGAAGCCAGUUUGAUCCGGCCUAUGCCCAUCCUGCAGAAGACAAUUGAUUAUCUUCUCACUUUGCUAGAUCAGCCUUAUGAUGAGAGGUUUCUUGGUGUGUACAACUUUUUGUGGGAUAGGAUGAGAGCAAUCCGGAUGGACCUGAGAAUGCAGCACAUUUUCAAUCAAGCAGCUAUUACUAUGCUGGAACAGAUGAUAAAAUUACACAUCAUUGCAAUGCAUGAAUUAUGUGAAUACACUAAAGGAGAAGGAUUUUCUGAGGGCUUUGAUGCUCAUCUCAAUAUUGAACAGAUGAACAAAACUUCGGUUGAACUGUUCCAGAUGUAUGAUGAUCACAGAAAGAAAGGAAUUAAUAUUCCCACUGAAAAAGAGUUUCGAGGCUAUUAUGCUCUUCUUAAAUUGGAUAAGCAUCCAGGUUAUAAAGUUGAACCUGCAGAGCUCUCCCUUGAAAUUGCUAAGAUGACUCCAGAGAUAAGGCAGACUCCAGAAGUUCUAUUUGCUCGCAGUGUAGCCAGAGCGUGCCGAACUGGUAAUUUUAUUGCCUUCUUCCGGCUUGCAAGAAAAGCAACUUAUCUUCAAGCAUGUCUAAUGCAUGCUCACUUUGCGAAGUUGCGUACCCAGGCACUGGCUUCUCUACAUUCUGGUCUGCUGAAUAACCAAGGUCUACCUGCUGCUCAUGUUGCUAACUGGCUUGCUCUGGAGGAUGAAGGCAUAGAGGGUCUCUUGGAGUAUCAUGGCUUCUCGCUAAAAACAUUUGAAGAACCAUAUAUGGUGAAGGAAGGCCCAUUUCUCAAUGUUGAUGUUGACUAUCCCACUAAGUGUUCAAAACUUGUGCUCAAGAAAAGGUCUGGAAGGAUAAUUGAAGAUUUUUCACCUUCAAUUCAUGCCGAAUCACCACAUGUUGAGACUAUGAAGGAGAUUCAGAUGAGGAAGGCAUACAAGCAUGAGCCACAAGUAGUUUCAGCUGUUAAAAAUGAUAAGUCUGUCCAGAAACUUGAUGAGGAAAUUCCAGACCCUAAACCUAUUUUCUCCCCAAGGCAUAGUAAAUCAAGAAAGGCACUAAAGGAUGUUCAGGACAGUCAAAAAGAUCAUGAUAUGUCCAGUAAUCGUCCAUCUCCGUUGAGCUUUCCUUUUCGUAAUAUUAUACCUGAACCACAACCUACUAGAAUUGAUAUUUUAAAGAGUACCAAUUCUGAUAUGAUUCCUAGUCCCAGAGGCUCUCCAAAGAGAAACUUUCAGUUUAAUGUUGAUCGAAGGCCAUUGGAGAUUGUACUAAAACCAGCUCCACCAGAAAAUUCCUUAGGUUAUAGUUUUUCUGUGCCACCUCCUGUGGUUCAGGAUGUAUCCAAGGACGAGUCUCUGAUUACUCACCAAAAACAUGAAGAUAAAAUUAAUGAAGUUACAGAAAAUUGUCGAGAUGAGGAAAUUGCUGAGGCCAAGCUGAAAUUGUUCUUAAGGUUAUGGAGAAGGCGAGUGGCAAAGUUAAGGAUGUUACGGGAACAGAGGCAAUUAGCAUCUCAUGCUGCUCUAGACUCGAUGUCAUUGGGCCCCCCUAUUCGACAUUAUAAAAAUCAACCUAGUAAAAUCGACAAGUUUGACAUUGAUAUGGUUAUGAGGGAGAGAUAUGAAAAACAGAAAAAAUCAUGGUCAAGACUUAAUGUUUCUGAUGUAGUUGCUGGUACACUAGGCAGAAGAAAUCCAAAUGCUAGUUGCUUGUGCUGGAAAAUUGUUCUAUGUUCUCAGAUGAACAGUGAAUAUGAAACUGGGGCAGCAAGAUUGUGGUUGACCUCAAAGUUCAUGCCUUCUAGUGAUGAAGAUGUGGUUAUUUCAUCUCCUGGCUUGGUGAUGUGGAGGAAAUGGCUUUCUAGUCAAUCUGGCGUCAAUCCUACCUGCUGCUUCUCUGUAGUUAGGGAUACAGCAUUUGGUAGUCCAGAGGAGGCAGUAUCUGGGGCAGGUGCAGUUUUGUUUCUUGUGUCUGAGAAUAUCUCAUUGGAACUUCAGAGAGCUCAUCUUCAUGAUCUUCUGAUGUCAAUUCCCUCUGGGGCCUGCUUGCCUCUGCUGAUCUUAUGUGGCUCAUAUGAUGAAAGGUUCUCUGAUGCUAUAAUUAAUGAGCUGGGCCUUCAAAAUGUUGACAAAUUACGGAUUAGUAGCUUUCUUCUUGUUUUCCUCAGUGAAACCCCAGGUGGAUUUUUCAGUGAUACACGAUUAAGGGAAGGGCUGCAAUGGCUGGCAGGUAAAUCACCCCUGCAACCCAAGCUUGGCUGUGUGAAAAUACGAGAACUUUUUCACGGCCAUCUUAAUUCCUUCUCAGGGGUGCAGGACAUCAUCAUUAACUCCAACUUGGGUCCUAAUGACUAUAUCUCUUUGUUCAAUGAAGCCUUAGAUCGCUCGAUGAAGGAAAUUAUCGGGACCGCCAAUUCAAAUCCUACUGGUUGGCCAUGUCCAGAGAUUGGUUUACUUGAGAAGUUUUGUUAUGAAGAUAGAGUAGCAAAAAUGUGCCUGCCAACUUCGGGAUGGAGCUCAAAUGUGAAAAUUGAACCAAUUAUGUUUGCUUUGCGAAAUACUAAGCUCCCUACUUUUCCUGAUGAUUUAUCCUGGUUGGCCAGAGGUUCUACAGUUGGACAAGAUAUUGAGAACCAUAAAAUACAGCUUGAGAAUUGCUUGAUGCAGUACUUUACUCACACUAGUAAGAUGAUGGGCAUUCCUUUGGCAACACAAGAGGCACGUGUCACAGUGCAAACUUGUGUCAGACUUGAGCUACGUGGCACAAACUACCAUGUAGUUCCACAUUGGGGUAUGAUUUUUUGUCGAAUUUUCAACUGGCGUCUAAUGGGUUUAUCUAGCAGGGAAAUCUCCAUGGUUCACAUCUCAGAAUCUCAUCUUGUUGCUCUUUCAAAAGUGAGCACUGAAACAUGGCCAUCUUCAUCUUAUUAUCCGGAUAUGUCUUUAGAUGAAAUGAUCAGUGACUGCUUCAGCUCUCCUCUUCCUGUCAAUUAUCAGCUGAGGCCUGAAGCACGUCAAUGUCUUCCACAGAGGGAUUCAAAUGAUGUAUUCCAUGAUACUUCUGACCCGAUGGAUGCUGAAAGCAAUCAUCCACUUGAUAAAUCUCCAAGCAUGGAUACAGGUAGAACAUAUGGUGUAAACAAUGGUAACAGUGGAGCAUUAAUGAAUGGGAAACCAACCAAAGAAGCUGACAAGUUAAGCAAGUUGUUGGAGCAAUGUAAAUUGUUGCAGGAUGGCUUAGAUAAGAAGCUGUCUAUAUAUUUCUAAUGGCCACGAGACAUCUGUGUUUCUAUAUUUUGUAUGUAUCCUCAACUAGGAAAAGAAAUAAUCAAGUGUUGAGUUAGGAAAUUUUGUGCCAUAAGUAAAUUAUAUAUAUUUUCUC